CGGUAUUUUGGGAGCUCGACUUCAAACAUACAAGCGGCAAUCUCAAAACACGAGUCUGCUCGAAAUUCGCGCGGCUCUCGUCUCCUACUUGAUAUAAUUCUCCAAAUUGUCCUUAGUCCACAGUUUAUUGCUUCUCCUACCAGCAUGAAGUAUAUUCUUGUGACAGGCGGCGUUAUAAGCGGCAUCGGGAAAGGGGUUAUUUCAAGUUCCAUCGGCACAAUGUUGAAGGGAUGUGGAUUGCACGUUACUUCGAUAAAAAUCGAUCCUUAUUUGAACAUUGACGCCGGAACAUUCUCACCUUAUGAGCAUGGUGAGGUGUUUGUUCUUGAUGACGGCGGCGAGGUUGACCUGGAUCUAGGUAACUAUGAGCGUUUCCUGGAUGUUACACUUCAUCGUAACAACAACAUCACCACAGGCAAGAUCUACCAAGAGGUUAUCCAAAAAGAGCGCAAUGGAGAUUACUUAGGAAAGACUGUACAAGUUGUUCCACACAUCACUGAUGCCAUUCAGGACUGGGUGCGUAAAGUUGCAGAGGACCCUGUUGAAGGCAAGAGGGUUGCAGAUGUUUGUAUUGUAGAGCUGGGUGGGACUAUUGGAGACAUUGAAGGCAUGCCAUUUGUGGAGGCUUUCCGGCAGUUCCAGUUCAAUGUGGGCCGUGAGAACUUCUGUGUUGUUCAUGUCAGCCUGAUUCCAACGCCAAGUGCUACUGGUGAACAGAAAACCAAACCAACACAAAACAGCGUGCGAGAACUUCGUGGCCUGGGGCUUUCUCCAGACCUGAUUAUGUGCCGCUGUAAAUACUCAGUGACAGAAGAAGUGAAGAAAAAGAUCUCAUUGUUCUGCCAUGUGUCACCAGAUCAGGUUAUAGAUGUCCAUGACUGUAAAUCCAUCUACAGGGUCCCAUUAUUGUUAUCCCAACAAGGUCUUGUUAAGUUCUUUGCUCAGCGACUCAACAUGAUGGAAAUGAGAUCCCCUAAGCCGCGACACUUUAUGGUUCACUGGAAGGAACUCGCUGAAAGGGAAGAGCGUGUACUUGAGGAAGUCAAGAUUGGUAUUGUGGGAAAGUACACCAAGCUGGAAGAUGCCUACCUAUCCUUGCUAAAAGCCCUCAAACACAGCACACUCCACUGCAACAAGAAACUCAAUGUGGUGUGGGUGGAUGCUGAAAGUCUAGAAAAAGAGUCCCAACACUCAGACCCAGUAAAGUACUAUGAUGCCUGGCAGAGAUUAUGUGGAGUGGAUGGAAUAUUGGUGCCAGGAGGAUUUGGGGCUAGAGGCACUGAGGGCAAGAUCGCAGCAGCUGAGUGGGCAAGAACGAAAAACAAGCCGUAUCUAGGUGUAUGCUACGGCAUGCAGUUAGCUGUGAUUGAAUUUGCUCGCAAUGUCCUUGGAUGGAAAGAUGCAAACACAACAGAAGUUGAUCCAGAUACAAAACACCCUGUGGUUAUAGAUAUGCCAGAGCACAAUCCAGGUCAGAUGGGAGGAACCAUGCGGCUGGGACGAAGACGGACAGUGUUUUCCAAAGAUCAAACGAGUAUCGCAAGGAAGUUGUACAAGAAUGCAGAAUUUGUUGAAGAGAGACACAGGCACAGAUAUGAGGUGAAUCCAGACCUUAUUAGCGCAUUUGAAGAGAAAGGGAUGAAAUUCGUUGGCAAGGAUGUCGAAGGUGAACGAAUGGAGAUCAUGGAACUAGAAGAACAUCCAUACUUCAUUGGGGUUCAGUUCCACCCUGAGUACAUCAGCAGACCGCUGAAGCCGUCGCCUCCCUUCCUCGGGCUCGUCCUUGCUGCCAUUGGCAGACUUCAGCCCUAUAUCGCACGGGGGUGCCGCUUAUCACCCACCUGCAGCAUAAGCGAGGAUGAAAGCGACGAAGACGAGAUUGAAUUAGAGAGCCCAAAUAAGCUACCAACAUUCAACCUAUAAGCCUUACAACAUACACGUGCAGUAAAUUUAAGGGUGGAUGGUUGAAGGCAGCGAACAUAACAACAAGUUCGUUGGGAAAAGGCUUCUAAAAGAGAACCAAUGUUUAAUCUUCUUACUUGCAUUUGAAAAGAAGAGAGAUGGGAUGAAGAUGGAACUCAGGAGACAAGGAUUCGAGCAUAUAUAGGUUACAUACAUUUCCAACGUGAAUUUACGAACGCAAAAACAUUAUUGGACCAAGAAUACAUAUAUUUUUUUCGUAAAAAUGCUACCGCUAUAAGUAUAAAUUCAAGUAUCGAUAGAUAUAGAAACCGACGAUAGAAAGGAUAAAUAUAUCAAGUAAAAAUGCUGACAUUAUAUGUAUUUAAAGCAGUUUGGGAUGAAGUUUUAUGAUAAAAUGAAGCUUAAUGACCAUACUAACUUAUACCAAGAAAGCAUGAAUCCAUGAUCUUUUGCUGAAACCGCAGUAUCUGUUUUAUGUUGAAUAUUAGUCAAUUGACCAAAAAUAUUUAGAGGUUUUAAAUUGUAUAAGCCUGCUCGAAAAAUUACUCUGUUCAAAAGUUGUUAGGGAUUCCUGUGCUGUUGGUGAAAUGCGUAAGACUAGGCACGAUAAAAACACGUGGGGACAUUUGAGUACAAAUCCAAGUGGGUCACAAAGCUAGACAAGAGACACCCACAGAGAGGAGGCUAUUGUUUUCCCAUUUGACUUUACAUUGCACCGCACGCUACCAUGGCCAUCCUGGUAGUUUGAGGAAAUAAGCCAAUAAGGAUUCGUGAAACGCACCACGUGACAAGCUUGAGGAACACUAACCAAUCAGCGUUUCAACUAGAAAACAAGGUAGCAUGCGUUGCAUCAUAACAGCAAAUAACAAAAAAUAAAACAGUUCAAAAAAGAUAACACGAGCUCUUGAUUUUGAUUCAUUGAUGCAGAAGAUGACUAUGCUGUAAAUAUCUGUCAAAAGCAUUUGAUUAUUGUAUCUCAUUUAUACAACAUUUGGAAAGCAAAGAUAAAACUUUGAAAAUAA